AUGCGGUCCGACAAGGAGCCCAUCAGAAAGCGCGGCCGAGUGGCCGUCGCUCUCGUGUGCGUCGCGCUGCUAGCCGUCGGAAUCGCCGUGCCUCUUGGCGUCUUCCUGCGCCCAUCCUCCUCAUGCGAAGAUUAUACGGGGCCGCUCGACGAGAACACCAUCGCUGUCUUUGGCUCAAGCGUCUCGAAUGGCUUCAUGUGCAGCGGCAACUGCUCCGGCCGGGCACGCUCCUCGUUGAGCAGCCAGGAGGCGGACCUCGGUGGCUGCUACCAGAGCCGCCUACGCGUGUGGCAGCGCGAGCACAGCGGCCGCUCCGUCUUCAACAACGCCAAUAAUGGUGACUCGACGGCGAAGCUGCUCAGGCGCUUCUGUCAAGUCCUCUCCUCGCGCGCCCGCUACGUGCUCUUCGGCCUCUCGCUGUCGAACGAGGCCAAGCGCAUGGGCGCGUCGGAGGUCACGCGCGAGGUUUUCGAUGCGUACCACGACGGGCUGGUCCAGCUCGCCGACCGCACGCGAACAGCCGGAGGCUAUCCAGUCAUCGGAAGCUGCUACCCGCGCUCUUCCGGCGGCGGCGGAGAGGUCACAGGCAUUGCCAUGGGCGGCGGCGUUGGCCUCCUCACGGCGGUGGUCAUCGCGUUCUUCAUGUGGCUUGAGUACACAGCGGAUGAGUACGCGCUGAUCCGCGAGAUGAACGUGCUGACGCAGACGUCGGAGGCGCUCGGCCAGCCGCCGGGCGUCAACUACCUCGGCGCGCUCGACGACGGCCACGGUCGCAUUGUGGAAGGCUUCUUUGCCGACGGCGGCCAUCCCAACGACGCCGGCUCGACCGAGAUGUGGCUCGCCAUCGUACCGUCGCUGUUUGAUGCCAUCAACGCGGGAAAGCCGUCUCGCGUCGCGCGCCAGGAUGCGUCGGGCAGCACGGGCUUCGUGAGCGAGGGAUCGGAGCGCCGCGUGGCCUUCACGGUGCCUGCGGACCAACCGAUGCACUCGUUCACAUUCGCCUUUGCGUUUCGGUGCUCCACCGACUGCAUUGGCGCCAGCGUCGCUUCGGUCUCACAAGCACCGGUCGCCCCGCAAUCGGCGCGGGCGGCCGUGUCGGCGCCACAUCCGCUUCCGGUCGCCCCGCCGUCCGAUCUGAAGAUCGGCAUCGACGCGUCGGGUCAAUUGUCCACCACAGACGAGCGGAGUGGCAUUGUCGCUGCCGCAGGGCCGAGCCUCACCGACGGCGACUGGCACUACGUGGCGGUCUCCCACUACUACGCGAACGCGAGCACCAACUACUACGUCGACGGCCAGAUCGUGCUGCAGACGCUUGAGCGGCGCGUGCCAUCCGACUUCGUGCUCGCUUGCUCAAGCAGCGCCGCACUCUCGUGCGAGUACCGCGACAUGCUCAUCUACCGCUCCGCCAGCAACGGCGACGAGGUCGCCUUCCUUGCCGACGACACAAGGCCGACAGUGCUGCAGGCGAGCCUGGAGGUCUACGCGCCGCUCACCAACUCCUCCCACCUCGCGGCCAAUCUCGCACAGAGCCUGUCGGAGGUGAUUCUGGAUGGGUAG